AUGUACGAGCCGUACGUGCUUUGGCUGGCACAGCCACCAGACGAAUUGACCGUGCACUUGUCAUUUGGUAGCUUAGGAAAUGGAGUCGAGGCCAUGGAUACGUUUAUGUGUUGA